GAUGAAAGACAUUCAAAACGUUCAAACGCAAUUUUGAUUAUUUGACAAAACUGUCACAACAGCCUUCAUCAAAAGAAGAGCCCAUGCGCGACAUGACGAGCGCACUAUUGAGUGCACUAGAUGUUUGUCAUGAUUGCUCAGCAGUAUUUCAUUCUUUUGCCAAUUGAACUACAUUUCCUACAAAUAUUGACUCGUUUCCGUCUCCGCUCGUCUGCUGUCCUGUAAACAAGUGGAGAUAAACUGCAUCUGGACCAUGAUCCGGAUUAAAGUCUGUCUGGAGCUGUUCAUGACGUCAGAAUUCACCUCGGAGUCCACAGACUGAAAACAUCCCGUCUCAGGAGUUCAGAGAUCGUGGUUUUAUUUGAGGUGUGUUCGGUCAGCUGCACAGGUGCGAUGCGGUACUGCAGCACGCGCGGUGGCGCUCACGGGCGCGCUUUCAGAGAUGUGCUCUUCUCGGGUUACGCGCCUGAUGGAGGAAUGUUCAUGCCAGAGACCAUCCCAACACUGUCUCCCGACACCCUGAGAUCCUGGAGACACCUGUCCUAUCAGCAGCUGAUGUGUGAGAUCUGUUCUCUCUUCAUACCUGAACAUGAAAUCCCAAAACAACACCUGCAGGAGUUGAUUUCAGAGGCCUUGUCUAAGUUCUCUAUACCAGAAACAGUGAGAAUAGUUUCACUCCGAGACUCUCUGUCCAUUCUGGAAUUAUUUCAUGGAGAGACUCUGUCGUUUAAAGAUCUGGCCAUGUCCUGCACGGGGCAGUUCCUGAAAUACUUUCUGCAUAAGGAGAAGAAACGGGCCACGAUACUCGUAGGAACAUCAGGCGACACGGGCAGCUCGGCCAUCAGAAGUGUGUUUGGUGUCAGCGAUGUGGACAUUGUGGUCGUGUUUCCCCGCGGACGCAUCACUGCUGUUCAGGAGAGACAGAUGACUGCCAGCAUAGCAGACAACGUUCAUGUGUUUGCAGCGGACGGGACGUCUGAUGACAUUGACGUUCCCUUGAGGAAAGUGUUUGCUGAUUCAGAUUUGGUGAAGCGUCACGGUCUCAUGAGUCUGAACUCUGUCAACUGGUCCAGGAUUCUGCUGCAGUUGCCUCAUUUUCUGUUCGCAUACCUGCAGCUCAGUGCGCUGCAGCCGAACGCAGACGCAGACGACACGCUGCCUGUGCUUGAGGUGCUUGUGCCUACAGGAGGAGCCGGGAAUAUAACAGCCGGAUGUAUCAUGAAGAUGAUGGGUGUUCCCCUGCGGCUCGUCGCCAUGGUGAACACCAAUGACAUCGUUCACCGGACGGUUCAGAGCGGAGAUUUCUCGAUGGCGAGUGAUGUCGUGCAAACUCUCGCUCCUGCCAUCGACAUUCAGGAUCCGUAUAAUCUGGAGAGAAUCUUCUGGCUUCUGUCUGCUGGAGAUGCGCCAAUGGUUCAGAGUUUGAUGGAGGAGUUUCAGAAGACACACAGACUCUCUCUUCCUGUGACGCUUCAUCGCCAGGUGAGUGAAGUGUUGUCGUCGGGUUCUGUGACCGAUGAGGGAAUUCUUCACACUAUGACGAGAUGUUUUCAGGAGAAUGAUUAUCUCAUCUGUCCUCACACCGCUGUGGCUGUCUGCCAUCACUAUGACUGUCCCGUCACCGCUGGACUCAACAGGUGUUGCAUAGCGACAGCAUCACCAGCCAAGUUUCAGGAGGCGGUGCAUCGGGCCGGUUUGACUCUUAACCUCCCUGAAGCUCUGCUGGCAUUAGAGACGCUGGAGACCCGGUAUGAAGUUCUGGAGAAAUCAGAAGACUGGGAGUCUAAACUGAGACGACAUAUCGAGCUCAUCGCCUCAGUGAGACAGCGUGGACAAAUGUUUUACACAUCAGAGGCGAAAGAAUGAAUGUCAAAGUGUUUAUCAAAAACAUAUCUUUAAGACAUCAAUUACACUUUGAUUUCUCUUAUGUUUGUUCUACAGAUGUGUUUUGUGUGGGAAGCGCUCUAGCAAUAAAACUGAAUAGAAUUAAGUUCAGAUGACACAUAUCAAAAGAGUUUCAUGUGUCUGAUUCAUGUUUGGAUGUGGACCAUAAUGAUUCAUUCAUCUGUUGUUGUGAAUGUUUCGGCAAGUGUGAAAUGGCCUUCUUGACUGAAUGAGAGGAUUUCUUGUUUCUAGGGCAAUUCGAGUUGUAUGGACGUGAUGUAAAAACACAACAUUUCUCAACCAUUUGAUUAUAUUUUACUGAACACUUGUUGAUAGAGUUUAAACGUCAAAAAAAUAUCAGUCUAUGCACAAGUUUUCUAUUUAAAAAGGGAAAUGAACAUGAGCUAUACGAUUUUUGGGAGACGAUCAACUUUGUAGGAUUUCUGUGAUUUAAAAUGCACAAACCUGAAGCAAUUAUACCCAACUAAUAGAGGUGGAAUGUAUCUUAAUAGAACAUAAAAACAGUUUCUUUAUUUGAAUCUUCUUCAUGAGGAAUAUGAACUGUCAAGGAGAUGACAUUCCUGAAAAAAGCACUUAUCAGACUAUGAAAAAUCAUGCACUAAAAAUAAAUGAAAUGCUUUAAAACUUGAAGAGAGACCUGACAUGGGUCUCUGGACCACCAAACGUUGACAUCAGUGCUGUGAGUAGAGUAACAACUUGUGGUCAAAACAUCAUAUUUUCACAGAAUUGCCCUCUAAUCAUUUUGCUACUUAUCUAACUCACAGCAUAUGAUGAAUAUCUGUGCAUUUAAUCUCACAGUCUAAAAUGGGAAUAAACUGUGUGUGUGUGUGUGUGUGUUUGAAGGCAAAAGUCUUUUAGGUUUUAUUGGUGUAUAAAGUUUUAGUGGAGUUGAACGUUUGGACUUUGUCUUUUCUGUUGUCUGUGGUAUAAAAACUCAUUUAAUAAGUGAACUAUACAGAACUAGAGCUGAUCCCUGGAUAAAUGAUUAUGGGAUGCAUUCUCUUGAAAUCAUGUUAUUGGGAAGGUAUUUUAUAUGUUGUCAUCAUUCUGUCUCUUCUUAUCUUGCAGCAGUGUCAGGAUCAUGACAGGGUCAUGUGUUAAGUGUGGAGAGACAUAUUAUUGUUUGUUCUGGCACAACAUACGCUCAUCUUUGACCCCGCCCCUCUUGUUUCCUCGUUUAACUUCCAUCAGUGUUUCAUUCCCGACACCUGCCCAUCGUUAUCUUCCUUGUUAGUCUCCUUAUUUAAUGCCCUUGUGUUUGCUGUCCUGCGCUCAAUUGUUUUGCUUCCAUGCUUUGUUUGUGUUGCCUUGUGCGGUACACUGUGGAUUACUCCCAGUCUUGUUGCUGUGUUUCUUUAGUCUAGUCCCACUCACGUUAAGUUUCAUUUAGUAUCUUGUUCUCUUGUUUUUUGCCCCCAUGUGGGUAGAGUUUUUGUUUCUGUUCUGUUUCUGUGCCGUUCAUGUUAACCCCAUCGUUGGCUUUUGCUUUGUGUUUUUUUAUUAAAGUCUUUUUUGUCCCACACUGCGGCCUGCUCUUGGAUUCCUGACGACAGUGACAAUGUGGUUGUGAACAUAUUUGAUAUGUAGUAUAUAAUAAGUGUUUCAGAGCUCUAAACAUCUGAAUAAAAUAUAACACACC